AUGUCCACACUCUAUGCCACCAAAAAAGCCCAGAAAACCGCAAAAUGUGCGAAAGCUGAAGUGGAGGAGCAGAUUCGUGUUAAGGAUGCCACUCUGGAGGAGAUGCUGAAGGCAGAGAGCAGUUCACAUCAGGAACUUGGGCAGGCACUGGACAACGUCUGGUCAGAGCUGGAAGCCAAGACAUCACAGCUGGAUGUGGAGCGUAACACUCACCGGGAACUCGGGCAGAAGCUGCACAAUAUGAAGUCGUGGCUGUGGAAUAAUCAGGCUGAGCUAAAGGCCAUGGCCACUAUAGCCUCGCUAGAUGAAAACCUCCAGACCACGAUGCAUCGGGUGGAUGCAGAGCGCAAGAGUCACAGGGUACUAGAGCAGAUGAUGAACAACAUGCGGUUGGAGCUGCAGGCCAGAACGUCUAAGCUGGAAGGGGAGUGCAGUGCUCAUACGGUGCUGAAGAAGAUGCUGAACAGCAUGCAGUUGGAGCUGCAGGUCAGAAUGUCUGAGCUGGAAAAAAAGUGCACUGCUCACACGAUACUAAGGCAAAGGUUCAGAAAUAUGCAGUUGAAGCUGAAAACGUCCGAGCUGGAAGAGGAGCGCGAUGCUCACUCACUAGCACAGACACUGGAGACAGAAUGCAGUGCUCAUCGAGAACUAGAGCAGAUGCUGGUUAAUAUGCAGUCUGAGCUGGAAUCAGCGCAAUCAGUGCUCAGAAUCAGGGUCUUGGAGCUCGAUGAAAUGUGCAUGACGGUGAAGGAACUAAAUCAGACGCUGAACGAGAUGCAGUCGAAACUGCAGACAGAGCGCAGUGCCCGUCAAGAGCUCAAACAGGCACUGGAAAAGGUGCAAUUGGACCUGCAGGCAGAAUGCAGUGCCCGUCAAGAGCUCGAUCAGGUACUGAAAAAGGUGCAGUCAGAGGUGAAUGCUAAAACAUCUGAGCUAGACGUGAAGCACAGUGCUCACCAAGAACCUGUGCAGACACUGGACAAGGUGCCACCAAAGCCAAGCAUCGAGACGUCUGAAUCAGAGGGAGAGCACACUGCUCACCAAGAACCCAUGCAGACACUGAACGAGGUGCCGCCAAAGCCUUCCCUCGAUGUUCCCCUCACCUUCAGUCCUGAAGAGUUCCCCAUGUGCUUCCCGUCGGCAGCCGACCUUGAAGAGUUCAGCAAGCACUUCCUGUUGCCAGAGUCACAGACACAUGCAGGUUCCAGCAUGGAUGUGGGAGGUGGCAAAAAGAUGUCCAUGCAGGCUGCCAUGAGAAGGGACCAGUAUAAACCUGUAAGGUGA